AUGGAUCUGCGCCAAGAAGCGCAGUUUUUAGCCCAAAUGACAUUUGCUACUCAACUUGGUGCAUUUUCGUCAACUAACACACGUGAUUUGUCUAAAGCGUGGGGAAUCGAACCUCCAGAAAAUGUUCAAGUUAUUAACUUCCAAAAUCAAGCUUCAUCUAUUUCUUUUUGGAAGAAAGCACCUGAUGUUCCACAUCAUAAAUAUAUGGAAUGCCAUGUAGGUGAAUUCGAUAAACAUCAAAUUCCAAUGGCACUUCUUGCUCAAGAAAGAGACAAUUUUGUUCAAAAGAAGAUGCAAUCAUUUUUAAGAAACAUGCGUAAUAAAAAGAAAUCCGAUAAAUAUACUGAUGAAGAAAAUGAGAAAUUCGAAUAUCUUCAACACACUCUUCUUUUGUCAUCAAGACAGAGAUACAUCCGCGAUAAUUUCUACAAUUCAUUCCAGAUCUUUGCUUCUGGGAAGAUUUUGAAACCAAACGAUCUAAAACAAAUUUUCCGUCUUCCAACUUUAACGCAAAUGGAGAGAAAGAAAGGAUAUGUCAUCAGAGGUAUAUCAUACAACGAUUUCCUUUGGCCAAAAGGAAAAGAUUUCACUCCUGCAACUCCAUUUUCUGUUUUACCAAGACAUAUCAUCAGAAAUCGUGAAAAAGAGAAAAGUGAAAUUGAUCUUAAUGCUUCUGUUCCUGUUGUGCUUUCAAUUCUUUCUGAAAGUGCUUCAAUUAUCGUUGCACAGCAAAGUUUCAAGUUUUUCAACGAAAUGCGUAACAAAUUCCACAGCAAGCGCUUAGUCAAGCAUCAUCUCGAAAAUCUAAUGAUGUCUAAAGAAGCUCAGAGAGAAAAUGAAGAAAUUCUUAUCGAUAAAGAAACGAUUGAGGAUGAUUUAGAGUUCUUCCAUAAAUAUUGGCCGGCUCCAACAUUUAAUCAUCCACUCAGAAUCGUUGCUCAGCCUUCAAUUUUACAAAAUGUCGAAUUACACUCCCACCAGAUCAAAGGCCUUUCCUGGCUCAUCCACAUGUACGACAACCACAUGAACGCAUUAUUGGCCGAUGAAGUCGGUUUAGGUAAGACAUUACAGAUCAUAUCUUUCUUUGCCUACUUGAAAGAGGCCCGCCAUAUCAACGGCCCACAUCUUGUUGUUGUUCCCAAUGCUGUCAUGGUCACAUGGAGGACAGAAUUCGAAAAAUAUCUUCCAUCCGCCAAAUUUGUCUUUUACCACUCGAAAGCCAAAUCUCGUCAUAACUUCUUCAAUGAAGUUGUUGCUCGUACCGAUUUCGACAUUUUGCUUACAACUUAUUCGAUUUUAUUCCAAGAUCAAGACAAACUGGGCCAAAUCACAUGGAGAACAGCUGUCUUCGAUGAAGGACACAAACUCAAGAACCCAAAGGCUCAAAUCUUCAAAGCUGUCGAAGAUACGAUUUUCUCAGAUUUCCGCAUCAUCGUUACGGCCACUCCAUAUCAGAACAAGCUUGAAGAAUUAUGGGCCAUCCUUUCCCUCAUUCGCCCAUCGUAUUUCGGCAAUCUUGACAAGUUCAAAUUAUUCUUCUCGAGAAUUGAGAAGAAAGUUGUUGAUCCAGCUAACCACGAACUUGUUGUUCAUCGCCUCCAUGAAGUUAUUCGUCCAUUCACACUCCGCCGUAGCCAAGACGAAGUUGCCGUCGAAAUUCCAGGAAAAUACGAAGUUACUUUGAAAGUUUCUCCCAGCGAAUUGCAGAAUUCCAUCAUGGCGAAAGGCAAGAAAGAAGGUUUGGACAACAACAAACAGAUGUACAUUACAAAACGUCUUUCGAAUUCUCCAAUUUUGUUCUUUCCACGCGAUGUUUUCGAGAAAAUCGAUCCAGAAUAUCUUUUCUCGCGUACUCCAAAGCUCCAGCUCCUCGACGUCAUUCUCCAGAAGCUCAUCACAACAGGACACAGGUUCUUGAUCUACUCGCAAUGGACAUCGAUGAUGGAUUUGCUCGAAAUCUACUUGAACUGGCGCAAAAUCGAGACAUCAAGAAUCGAUGGCAGCGUCACAACAAGCGAGCGUUCCAGAUUGAUCAAGAGCUUCGUUGUUCCUGGAUCCCCUGUGAAAGGAAUGCUUCUCUCAACACGUUCUUCAGCUUUCGGUUUGAACUUGCAGGCUGCAGAUACUGUCAUUUUGUUCGAUUCCGAUUACAAUCCUUUCAUUGAGUUACAGGCUUCAGCUCGUGUCCACAGAAUGGGUCAAACGAACUCUGUCGUCAUCGUGAGAUUGAUGACAAACGACACUGGCGAAGAGCACAUUUUGAGGAUUGCAAGAAGGAAGUUCAAAAUGGGUCAGCAAAUCAUCACUGCGGGUAUGUUCAACCUCGGAUUGCCGGAAGAAAACAAAAUCAACGUCGAAGGAGAGAAAACAGUUGAAAUUGUUAACCCAACUGAGCAGCAACUCAACGAGAUUCUCGCAAGAGGAAAACAAGAGGAAGGAAUACUCGCAUUCCAGCCUUAUCUUCCUCCAACUUUACCAGAUGAAAAUAAUGAAAAUUAUCAAAAAUUGGAUAAUGAAGCUGUUGAUGCCUACAUCGAUAUCGCUGUCAAUGGUGUCACACAUCCAAAUCCUGACGCCGCUGAUCCUUAUUACGAUGAAUUUGAAGAUGUUGACUGA